AGUGAGGUCACAUGAACUAAGUGCUUCAUUAGCCAUUUGCGACUCUAACGUAGCAUUAGCUAACGUUGUCUUGCUGCAAAGAGGGCUAACCUAGUGUGUGCUGUUGUGUAACAUUAGACCUAAACUAGCUAACUAAGUAUAUGUUACACUGUAUGAGGAAAUUUUAGAUGUUAGUCGUUAAAAUAGUCAGGGCAAUGUAAGUAAAGGUAUCAUUUGACUUUAGCUACGUGCUCUAAAUAUAGCUAGCUAACUAACGUUAGGCUGUCGCGUGUGUAAAGCGACAUCGACGUCCAUUGUUCAUUCACUCUCUGCACUGACAUUGUUAUCAUAACGCUAAACCUGCUCUAUUUCCUUGCUGUGAUGUGAGAACAGUUAACUUAGACACAUGCAUACCGACAGCUGGAGAAGUUGAAGCACAGCCGAGAUUACAAAGCAGCUGGAUACCUAUUGACACUGUGUGUGGAGGAUGUCUUCACCAAUAUACUACAACCAAGACAGUGUUACUCGCUUCAAGAAAAGAAAAGCUCGUUUCUCUUUCAGUGAAGUCCACAUACUGUUGGAUGAAGUGAGGAAGCAUCGUAUGGUGGUUGUGGGCAAAUUCAAUCGUGGUGUGCCAACAGACAUGAAGAAGCGCACAUGGGCAGAGAUUACUGCACGUGUCAAUGAGAUUGGGGAGUGCCAACGCGAGGUCAUUGAGGUCAUCAAGAAAUGGUCCGAUCUAAAGUGUGACACCAAGCGGAAAGUGGGAGCCAUGCGGUCAGGGACAGUGCCCAACAGGGGCCUCAACUCACGUCUUUCCAGAGACCUUAAUCAGACAGAGAAAAUCGUGCUCCAGAUUCUGGAGAUGGAUGAGGAAGACCAGAGCACGGGUGAUUUUGGCCCACUUGGAGAUGACGACGAUGUGCCAGAGGAGGAGGAAGAAAUGGAAGAGGAGGAUAUGAUUGGAAUGCAGAGUUCUCCUAACGGUGGGCUGGACAUGGCGACGAUGCCCCCACCAACCUCCUACUCAAUGAGGGACUCGCAACCUGCAUUUGAUGUGCAGUAUGAAGUACCUGCAGCAGAAGAUGCUGAAGGUGCAUUUGGAGACUCAGACGAUGACCAAAGGGAUGACGUGCUUCCUUCCACUCAUGCGGCAAAAACAGAAGAUCACCUAGGAAACAACGGCAUCCAGAAACAAGGACAAACUCAGACGUCCUCCGGACCUUCAACGUCAACGGCCACGCUUCCCACGCCCGGCCAGCCACCACAGAACACGAGAGACAGCAUGCUACAUAAUGCAUCGCUGAGCCUUCAGGAGCAGCACACCACCAACAAUCUGCUGGAGACGGUUUCACGCUCCCUAGAGCUUCUAUCUGAGUCUGUGCAGCAGCUGGCAGAGACUCAGCAGGAGUUCGUGCGUGAGUCUCUGCUGCUCCAGCGGGAGACGGUGCAGGUUCUUAGAGACUUCACAGGUGGAGCCAUUGCACUAAUGCAUGACAAACUGAAUGGACGGCCAGCAUUAUAGCAACAAAGUGUCAGAAAGAGAUGUUAAGUUGUAUCACUGACUACAUACAUGGCCUUCAGGUGCAGGAACCUUUAAGUUCCUUUGGACUCCACCGCUGGUUACUGUACUUUUUGAUAGUACUCAACAGAUUUUCUGUGGUUAUAUUUUAAAAAUGCAUUCGUAGAAACAUUGUAUUGACGGAAUUGCUGUCUGUGGGUUACAUGAAAGUUGAUUGAGAAAAUAAUGUUAGCGGUAAAGAAAGAACACAUGGAGGGUUUUUGUUUUAAUUUUAUUUUUUUGCUACUGAAGUGAGAUUCCUACCACUUGUGUUGUAAUACAUUUUUUUUAUUAAGCAUACACCACAUUUAAAGCCUUUACAUUCUUUUAUUGUUGACAUGCAAAGAAUGAGUCUUUAAUUUUGAAGUCUGUCAAAUCCAUUUGUGUGUCUGUGUAUAAGAUGUAGUUGGAUCAGUGUCUGGAGGAUUAUCACAUGUACUGUAAUGGUGAGUGGAUUUCUGCACCUGACCAUUAUAUGGUCUAUACGUCUGAAAGCUAAACAUGGUGUGUUAGAUACUUUGAAAAUACCUGUAACUGAAUAAUAUGUGAUUGUCUGAUUUUGUUUUUUACACUGCAAACAUGAACACUUGAAUAUGAAAGUUUCAAUAAUUUCUUUCAAAUAUGGAAUAAACCCCUCGUAUUUAAA